CCCUUGAACUCUUAACACUAUCAUUUGUUCGCUGCAGAUUUCCAAUUCUGUUGCUGAAAAUGCAAUCGUAGCUCUUUCUGCACCUCUCUCUCUCUCUCUCUCUCUCUCUCUCUCAGCGCACACACACACUGUUCCACUCACUCAGUUGUUUAGUUUAGCUGGCAAUUUGAACGCUUUCGACACAUACCAGGCAGUAGGCAUUGGAUAAGGAUGCCGACGACCACGGCUUUGCAACUGCUUCAACCGCCUCUGUCAUCCUUCUUAUUACCCUCCACUUCCUCUCUCCAAUCUUUACACCACCAUUGCCAAAAGACCAUCUGCGGCGGCCUUAGGAGGAGGAGGAGCAUUUCUGGACUUGUGUUUGUGGGUAAGGAAGAUACCCAACUCCGUGUUACCUCCACCGAAUCUGAUGAUCAGGCCGCCGCCCCAGCCACCGCCGAUGAUGCCGAUGAUGAUGAUGAUGAUGACGACGACCCAAGUCCCCAAGACCUCGAAGACGUUGCCCAAAUCAAAAGAGUCUUGGAGCUUCUCAGGAAAAACAGAGACAUGAUAUUCAGUGAGGUAAAAUUGACUAUAAUGAUAGAGGACCCAAGAGAAGUGGAGCGAAGGAGGCUUCUUGGCAUUGAUGAUUCUGAAGCUCCAACAAGGGACGACUUAGCUGCCAUCUUGGAAGAAGUCAAUGAAGGAAAAAUACCGAAGAAUCGGGUUGCUCUUAGGAUGCUGGCUGAAGAGAUGGCCCAAUGGCCUAAUCUAGAGGUUGAAGUAACGAAGAAGAAGAAGAAGCCGGGCAAAUCCCCAUAUGCGAAAACUACAGACACUGGUAUUGAGCCUGAAGUGGCUGCUAAGAGACUGAAUAUCGAUUGGGAUUCAGCUGCUGAUAUCAAGGAAACUGACGUCUCUGACGACGCCGAAUUGCCUUCAAUUUUGGGCUUUGGAGCACUAUACCUAGUGACAGCAUUUCCAGUCAUAAUUGGUAUUUCUGUAGUGCUAAUUCUCUUCUAUAAUUCUCUCCAGUAACAAUUUUACCAUUAAGUUUUGAUGUAUAUUCUCUUGGCUUUGAAUGAAUGAUCAAAGUGUUAAAACUCUCAAAAAAAGAAGUGUUAAAACUCCACGUGCGUAUGUAUAUCGGAAUGGAGAAAUAAAUGGUGAUUGAUUUUGAUCAA